AUGACGUCAUGUUCAUGUAACAUUUGCUGCAUGCUGAGAAACCAAAUGACUGAACCACAGAGUUUCUAAACCAUCUUUGACUGAACUGUGUUCUUGCUCUACAUAGACAUUUGAUUAUCGUACAAAUACUGUAAUUCAUUUGCCAUUCAAGCUGUAUUAUGUUGCCCCUGAAGGAGAAAGAUAGACCAAUAGUGAAGAAGCUGCUGGAAGCUGGAUGCUGCGCCCGCUGUGUCCUGAGGUUCUGCUGCUUGGGGGUGCAGUCAGCCUACCGCCAGUCUUAUGAGGAUACAGCAAAGGAGCUUUGUGCUUUCAUCAGUGAUUCAGAGAGUAAUGAAUGCCAAGAUGCAGCCGUGCUGGAGCAGCACACAGAAGACCCCCCUAGUAAAAAAAUUAAGAUGGAUGCCGCGGAGACGGACGUCCAAUCAGAAGGCGACUCUGCCGUGGUUCCCACGGUGAUGGAGGAAGGCGACGCCAAGCCAGCGGACUCGGACGUGUGUGCGGUGUGCCUGGGAGUUCUACAGGAGUUCUGUGAUGAAGCCUAUGCCAUAAAGAUAUCGGAUGUGGUGAAGGCCAAAAACUACCAGUUUGACACGAUGGUACUGUCUGUCUCCCUGCCGGCCCAGCUGUCUGUCAGAGAGCACUCUUGUUGGCUGCAUGUAAAGAAGGAAGUGAGGGAGAAGUCUAUAUGCCUCGAUAAGGAUGAUGUCAUCCAGGUGAAGGAGGCCUUCAAGUGGACCAUGCAGGGUCUGGUGUCCAAAGAGCUUGGUGGCGUACCUGUGGUGACCAAGAUCAGUCGACAAACUGAACAGUUUGAGGUGGGCGUGGGGUUCACACAUCCAGAGACGGACUCAGACUGCCACUUCCUGGCUGGCAUCUGUUCAGACUGCUUCAGACCAACUAAGAACAAACAGUUUGUCUCACAACAGAAUGUCUUCACUAGAAUGGCCGUAGUCAAAGCCCUCGAGAAGGUUUCCGAUGAGAAGUUUCUAAAAAAGUUCCCCUGUCCCCCUACACGACCAGCGAGGAAAUGCAUUGCUCAAGACGCCCAGUGUCUUCACGUUUCUGUAUUUGUGGCGGGGAGGUACAACAAGUUCUCCCGCACCCUGCCCCAGACCCCCUGGGUGAUUGACGGAGAGAGGAGGAUGGAGUCCUCGGUGGAGGAGCUAAUCGCCGCACCCCUCCUCUCCUCUUUCCGGGCUGAGGGGUUUAAUUUCUCCUCCUCAGGAAGGGAGGACGUUGAUGUGCGUACGCUUGGAAAUGGUCGUCCGUUUGCACUGGAGCUGCUAAAUCCUCACAGAGCCAGGUUCAAUAAGGCAGAGGUCCGACAGCUGCAGGAGACCAUCAACCAGUCCUCGGACAAAAUCAGAGUACGAGAUCUACAGAUUGUAAGCAGAGAUGCUAUGGGCCACAUGAAGGAGGGUGAGGAGGACAAGACCAAGUCGUACACCGCCCUCAUAUGGACCCAGAAAGCUAUCGACAAAGACGACAUCACGUUCUUAGAGGAAACCAAGGAGUUGAAGCUAGCACAGAAGACGCCACUAAGAGUGUUGCAUCGCAGGCCGCUGGCCGUCAGAGAGCGGGUCAUCCACACCAUGAGUACAUGCUUCCUGGACACGCAUCACUUCCACCUGAAGCUGCGCACGCAGGCAGGGACUUACAUCAAGGAGUUUGUCCACGGAGACUUUGGUCGCACCAAGCCCAAUCUGUGUGAUCUGCUGAAGACUGAGACUGAUAUCCUAGAGCUGGACGUUGAUUCUGUAGAUGUGGACUGGCCACCCUCCAUCCCGGAGUGAGCCUCGUCUCACUGAUGCUGUUGAGGAUUCCAAAAGGAGCCCUAGUUCUUUCUGAUGGGCCAUACCUCCACCUAUUGGGCUCCGUUCCACUGAUCUCUAGAUGAUAUAGAUAGUGUCAAUAUAUUUGUUUGUUUUUCUUUCAAUACAGAUUAUGUUGAAAUGACUGAAUCUGUGCAGCACGUUUGCUGAGCUGAGGCCUUGAACUGACAUAUACAUGUCUUUGAGAGCCGUAGCAGGGACAGGGUGUGAAUGGCACCGCUGACGGAAAGAACUACAAUCCAAGUUAAUUGUACUCAACUGGUGUCCCAAGUCUGAAUUAGUCUCCUAUUAGGAGAGGAUGAAAAACAGAAGUGUUUCAGCCCUCCAGGACAGACAUUGAACAGCCCUUUCAUAGAGCAUAGGGGUAGUAUAUGGUCAGUAUUUUGUGUGUAUUUCCCUCUACUGAUUUAGAGGUUUUUGUUCAGCCUUAAAAUAUAUUGUCCCAUAGGCAAAAGGAGAGCAAUGCUAUACUUUUUUUGUAUGAAUGAAAAUAUUUGAAUGUGAUGUCUCCCAUCAGCAUAAUGUUCCCCCAUUGUACAUCCCAUCCAAAUAAAGGCCUGGGACAUGUUCAA